GUUGCUGGUGGUUUGGAGUGGAAAAUGUAGAGCCGGAGAGGCACAUUUUCCGGCCUUUUGCGCACUUUUCUCUCUAUUUUUCCCUCCAGCAGUGUGUUUUGGAAUGCCAUGGCAUCGAAGCAGAGCAAUCGCGACAGACAAGACAGUGAAUUCGAGGUGAUUCAGUCGAUCUUCGGCCAGGACGUUGAGGAUUUGCGCGAGAAGGGACAAGGAUGGAAGCCGCUGGACUUGAAGCUGACACUCACGCCCCUGAUGGGAUCCUCAGGAGCCACAGAAGCUCACGUCCGGACAACCCUUCACAUCAUAUGCACAGCCAAGUACCCCAAAAUAUCGCCCAAAUUGGCUCUAGAAGAUAGCAAAGGCCUCUCGGAUGUGCUCAUUGAGGAUCUGCUGAAGAGCCUGCAGAAGCAGGCAGUGGAGCUGAAGGGCGAGGUGAUGGUGUUCGAGCUGGCCGAGACAGUGCGUGCCUUUCUGCACCAGCACAACAAACCGCCUCCGGGAAGCUUUUACGACGAAAUGCUGAUGCAGAAGCUGAAGCGCGACCAAGAGCGGCUUAAUUGCCAGCGCAUGAAGGAGGAUCAGGAGCAGCAGGCGCUGAAGGAUGAGGUGAAUAAGCGCAAAGAGAUGCUGAAGCACGAGUCGCGCAUGCGGAAGGACACCAGGAGGAGUAUUAGUGAGUCCAGCCCGACUCACCAUGGAACGCCCACCUCGUCGGACGUGUCGGAGUCCUCUUGGCCACACUUCCGCAGCUACAUGUAUCCCAACGAGUGCACUGACCACCGCAAGUCAGAGAUCAUCUACUUCCGGGGCGCCGGAAGGCAGAUACAGAAGGGCUGUUGUCUGGGACACUCGCAGAAGGGCUGCGUCGCGUACUCCGGCAUCGAUCUGGAGACUGGACAGCUGCUCUACAUCACGGAGUGGAACAUCAAGUACAGUCGGUUCGAAGCUAAGGGCGCCGAUGGCAAGGCCGAUGAGAUAAUAGGGAAUAUCGAGAAACUGGUGGCGAAUCUCUCGCAGCUGCGGCACAAGAAUCUGAUUAGCUACGAGUGCGUGCUGUGCAUGAAGAAGAAGGAGGGCAUUCUCGUGUACUUGGUGCAGGAUUUCGUCCUCGGUACGAGUAUCUGCACGAUCUCUGGCACACUGGGAUGGUGCGCCGAGGGCGCCAGUAUGGUGGCUAAGGGCGUGCUGGACGCAAUCAUAUUCCUGCACAACAAUUCCGUCUUCCACAAUCAUCUGCUGGACACGACAGUUUUCAUGGACAACACUGGAACUAUCAGAGUAACGGAUUUCGCACUCGUGCCGUACUUGCAGGAACUUAUCGGCUGCUCAAGUCCCACAAAGAGCGAUCUUCCCGCUAUGGGCGCUCUGCUGGAGGCUCUUUUGCCCACGCACACGUCAAACAUGCGAGACUACAUCGAGAGAUGUAAAUCGGAUAGGACUCUAAGUGCAGUUGAACUCCUGCCGCACCCUUUUCUGCAACCGGUGCUCUUCAGCGAUGCCGGUGGAGUGGAAAAUACUGUGGCUGCAAUUGUUGCGCCGCCAAGAGAGCGUCAGGAACUUCAUUCCACAAUCUCCACUGUCCAGUCGCGGCUGCAGAAUGAGUUUGAGUUCCUGCAGUUCCUGGGCAAGGGCGCCUAUGGCGAUGUACUGAAGGUGCGCAACAUUCUGGACAACAGGCAGUACGCCAUCAAGAGAAUCCCGCUGACGGCGCGGAACAAGCAGCUGUACAAGAAGAUCCGGCGAGAAGUGGAGCUCCUCUCGAGGCUUAAUCACGAGAAUGUCGUGCGAUACUACAACAGCUGGAUAGAAAUUGGCCUGCCGAGUGAUGACUUUGGCCAGGACAAGCUCGCCGGCGGAGAUUUCAGCAUCAGCAUCCCCGAGAGCAAGAAACAGGCGCAACUGGAGUCCUCCUCAGAGUCCUCGAGCGACUCCAGUGACUGGAUCAACUACAUGCCCAACGCCACAGCGGAUCUCAGCGAUGGCAUUGAGUUCGUCAACUCGGACGGUGAGUGCGUGGAAGUGGAGGACUUCGGGGAUGAGAGUGUCUCGAGGGCACGGCCGGAAUCACGCAAGUCGCCGCACUUUGAGAAUCAAUUCAUGUACAUUCAGAUGGAGUUCUGCGAGAAGAGCACACUUCGCACGGCGAUUGACGCUGGCCUGGGCAGUGACACGGAUCGCCUCUGGCGCCUCUUCCGCGAGAUCGCCGAGGGACUGUCACAUAUCCACCAACAGGGCAUGAUUCAUAGAGAUCUGAAGCCUGUUAAUAUCUUCUUGGACUCGCGCGAUCAGGUGAAGAUUGGGGACUUUGGCUUGGCCACGACGAGCUUCCUGGCGCUGCAGAGCCAGGAGCAGAAUGCCUCGAACACACUUACGCAGUCGGACAUGGGAGACACGCUGACGGGACGCGUCGGAACAGCGCUGUAUGUGGCGCCAGAGCUCAUGGGAAAUGCCUCAAAGUCCACUUACAAUCUCAAGGUUGAUCUCUAUUCGCUCGGAAUCAUUCUCUUCGAGAUGAGCAUCCCAGCUUUUGACACAGCCAUGGAACGCGUGAAGACCAUCGCAGCGCUGAGAUCUCCUGCAAUUGUCUUUCCAGACUUCAUGACCAAGGAUAAGAAGUACUCUCAACACAUUCAAGUGGUUCAGUGGCUUCUGAAUCACGACCCGGCAAAACGACCGUCAUCUGAGGAGCUCCUGACGUCAGAUCUUGUGCCGCCUGCGCGACUGGAGGCGACAGAACUGCAGGAGAUGCUGCGGAAUGUCCUGGCCAAUCCGCAGAGUCGCACGUACAAACAUCUGGUGUCGCGGUGCCUCUCUCAGCAGAGCGACACAGUGCUGGAGCUCACAUAUCACUUGGGUUUGGUUCCCAUUUCCACCACGAUGGAGUUCGUCAAGGGAAAAAUUCUAAAUGUUUUCAAGAGGCACGGAGGAAUAGAGGUGAUUACGCCACUGCUGACGCCACUGGGGAAGGGCCACCCACACACAAACUCUGUAAAAUUGAUGACACAUUCCGGAAGUGUUGUUUACCUGCCUUAUGAUUUUCGGCGGCCUUUCGCGAGUCAUGUAGCAGUGAAUGGGAUCACAUCAAUCAGGCGCUACUCAAUUGGUCGGGUGUAUCGCGAGAAGAAAGUGUUCAACUUCCAUCCCAAGCAACUCUAUGAGUGUGCUUUUGACAUUAUAUCGCAGAAUACGGGAAACUUCCUGCUGGACGCCGAAAUAAUCUCGGUGGCUUAUGAGAUUUCAAUGGAAUUGACGGUGCUGCGGGAGAAGAAUGUCUUCUUCCGGCUGAAUCACACGAGUCUCUUGCGCGCCAUUCUCCUUCACUGCAACGUGCCGAAAGACAAGCAGCACACACUCUUCGUGGCCAUUCAGGACUUCAUGGAGUCCAAACUAGCCAAAUUCCAGCUCACGUCAACGAUUAACAGUAUCUUCGCCAGCGCAAAGCACAAUGCGAAUAUGCUGAUUGAUUUGCUGGUCACAGAAUCACCGCUUGGCGGUCCGCGUGGCAGCAUCAAUGGCAGUGCGCUGAGGUCUCUGGUCAAGGGGCGCGGAGAGGCGGCUGCGCUGGCGAAGGGAGCAAUUCGCGAGCUGGAAUCUGUGGUGCAGUUGGUACAGGGAAUGGGUGUGUCGUGUCCGAUGAUCCUGCAGCCGGGAUUGUCGAUAGGCUUCGACAGAGCGCGCUCGGGUGGAAUUGUGUGGCAAAUGGUGGCGGAACUGAAGAAGUCGCGCAAGCGAGGACCGGACGUUCUGGCCGUUGGCGGGCGAUACGACGAUCUCCUGGCGGACUUCCAGAAAUCGGGCUCUGGCUGUGGAAUUAUCAUGCCACCCAAGAAUAUCUGUGGCGUUGGAUUCUCUUUUGCAAUUGACAAACUCGUGAAUUGCCUGAGCUCCAAUCCCACCAGCGAGUAUCGCUCCAUCGACGUGGUGCUGUGCGUGACUGGCUAUCGUCCACCGAUUCAGGAUGUCACGCAAAUCCUGCGCUGUCUGUGGACGAUGGACAUCAAGAGUGGCAUCGUGGAGGCCUGCAAUCAGGAGGAGGCCGAACAGUCAGCCAAAGAUCUGGGCGCCGCGCAUGUAAUCCUGCUGGGCGAGGGUGGAACGUUUAGGGUGAGCUCGUGGGACAACAGGAUCUUCAAGGAUCAGCAAGUGAGUCGAGCUGAGCUGAUGGAUUAUCUGCAAAAGAUACGAAAUCCACCUGAAAACAACCUCAGCGACAGCUUCAAUUCCUCCCAGAUGAACAUGAGUGCGGGCAACGCGAGCGUGAAGGGUAACAAUUCGUCGUGCUUCACGAAUAUUGAGGUGUUUUUCAUGACAAUCGAGAAGAUGGCCAGUCACGCGAAGAAGCGCAUCGAGAAUCAGCUGCUGCAACUCAUGGCCAGCACGCUGAAGCUCUUCGCGAAGAAGGAGAGAAUCCGCGUGUACGCCGUCGAUCUGCCGAUGAGUGCCUUAGGACUCUUCGUGGGAACUCUGGAUCCACGAGAUUUUGCCACACGUCCGACAGAUGAUGAGAUUCCCAGGAUCAUCGAGAGGUUUCCCCGCCUCAAGAAGUACAUCACGUCUCUCUAUGACGAGGUGAUGGAUGAGCUUGCCGAGCCACGGAGAACCUACUCCAUCAUUGGAAUCUACAGCAUCCCAGAUUUGGGCUAUAGAUUUAUAGUGUGAUUGCGAGAGAAGCAAUGAGGCGAUAACCAAGGGGUCGAUCAAAGAAUUCGAAUAUUUUACUACUUGCUUUAUCACUAGAAUUGUAAUAAAAAUCACUGAAUUUAUUAUUUUUAUUAGAGCUUCCUUUGAGGACAUGCCAAAAGUGGAGUUUGGAGUUGUGAACCCAUUGAGAGAAGGUUUAACAAUGAAUUGAGAUUUGUAGAUUAAUGUGAGAGACAGUUGAAAUGUACAAAAGCGUGAUAAGAUGAAGAGAAGUGGAAAUAAAAG